AUGGCGGAUAAUAUGUCAACGCUUGAACCACAUUGGGGAUACGUUGAUCGUAUAUUGCCAUGUAAGAAUGAUCCUGGCUCGUGUGAAUAUCUGGAUGCUGUUUAUCAUACUCAUGAUUUAUCAAUGCUCUACACUUUCAUUCUAUGGGCAGUCAUCGGAGGUCUUCUUAUUAUACUCACCAUACUUCAUUUCAUGAAACCUUCAGGGAAAAUUACCACCGAAGUCAGGGACUCUGAAAUUCAAAGUAGAGCGAACACUUUAUCUUGGUAUUAUCGUACAUGGCGAGGAACAACAGCUACUUUCCGACGAUUUCUUCUUCCAGAGAGUUUUGUUAAAUUCUUCGGACAUGUUACCAGAUUGCAAGUAUUGAUACUAGCGAUCUUGCUAGGUUAUUUACUCAUAUUCACUUUUGUGGGAGAAGUCUAUAAAAGAUGGAUAACGCCAGUAAAAAAGACAAAUUUAUUCAAUACUCGGUCUGGACUCGGCGGUUUUUCCGAUCGUGUAGGAGCAUUCGCAUACGCAUUAACACCUUUCACCGUCCUACUGAGUUCUCGUGAAUCAGUUCUUAGUCUCGCUACUGGAAUUCCAUAUCAAUCAUUCAACUUUUUACACCGCUGGACUGGUCGUGUCAUCUUUAUUCAAUCGGCUGUACAUGCCUUUGGUUGGACACUUAUCGAAGCACGAUUAUAUCAACCACAGCCUACCACUUUCCGAACUUGGAUAAAGCAGCCAUAUAUGAUUUGGGGUUGCGUCGCAUUAAUAUUUCUUUGCUUUUUAUACGUCUUUAGUAUCCGAAGGGUUAUUCAGUGGACAGGAUAUGAAUUUUUUAGAAAGACUCAUUAUGUGGUUGCUUGUUUAUAUAUUGGUGCAUGUUGGGGCCACUGGCAACAACUCAAAUGUUGGAUGAUUGCCUCUCUCGGAUUAUUUUUCAUCGAUCGAGGUGUAAGGAUACUCCGAACCUUGCUAAUCCACGUUGGAUAUUUUGACUCCAAUGGUAAUGCAGGUCUCGGAUUCCACCCCGCACAAUCAACACUCCAAUACUUCGACGACAAAGACGGCGGAGUAAUCCGUCUCGAAUUCAAUCACAGACAUGCACCAUGGUCCCUAGGCCAACAUUUCUUUCUCUGUUUCCCCGCCCUCAAUAUCUGGCAAUCUCAUCCCUUAACCAUCGCAUCUCUACCCUCAAACCACCACACCUACAUCAUCCGAUGCCGAUCCGGCGAAACCGGAAAUCUCAAAACCCUAGCCUUAAAUAAUCAACUCACCACUCCCGUAAUCCUCAGCGGACCCUACGGAGAACGCCUCUUAAAACCCAACGAAGAACCAACCAAUAUCCUAGCCAUAGCCGGCGGAACAGGUAUUUCUUUAACCUUACCUCUUAUUCUAGCAGCCACUGCUAGCGACGCACCCUUUUAUCCAGGAAGAGCUAUCGAUUUCAUCUGGACUGUUAGACGAAGUUCAUGUCUAGAAUGGAUUAGCGAGGAAUUGGAGACGAUUAAACAGAGAGCGCGGGAUACGAAAAUAAAUCUCAACGUGCAUAUCUAUAUCACGCAAGAAGAAGAACCCUCUUCAUCCCUAGAAGAAGAAGAAAAAACAGAAGAAAAUACGUGGAAUGAGGAGAAAAUGAUUAAAUCAGAUACAAUCCUAACUUCGAAUUCGAAUUCGGGUUCGGAUCCAAGUGCGGAAAAUUCAGGGGUUGGAUUUAAAAUAUCUUAUUUGGGUGGUUGUAAAUGCUGUCAUCCGGAUCUUCAGGGACUGGUUAAGAGGUUUAUGGACGAGAGAGCGGGGGAGGCAUAUAGGACGAGGGUGGUAGCAAGUGGACCUAAGGGCAUGGGAAGGGAUUUGAGGAGAGCGGUUGCGAGGUGCUGUGAUGGGGGGAUGGUUUUUAGGGGGAAGAAUAGAGGUGAUGUGGAGUUGGUUUGGGAUGCUAGGGAUUAG